CUGAGGACAAGCUUUGAGGUUUCAAGCUCAUGCUCCAUUCCCAGUGUGCACUCUCUGCCUGGUGCUUGCAGUUCAGUAUGUGAGCCCUCAACUCCGGCCCCUGCUCUCGUCCCUUUGCCCCACCACUGUGGAGUCUAAUCCUCAAAACUACAAGCACAAAUAAACACUUUUCUCCAUUUCAAAGACAGUGCUAGUAAGACUUGGAGUAACAAUACUUUUCCAGGCCUCACAUGUGGCUGCUAACAGAGCCAAGGAUAGGGACCACAUCAAAUAAGACACAGGGUACUUUCCUGUUUGUGUUUUCUCUUACACACUUUUAUUUCAGUAAGUAGAUGCUGGACCUUGGGAGGAGAGAAACAAAAUGUCUACCAGAGCAAACACCAAGGGGAGAGUGGGAGACAUUCCCAAGGAGAGCAACUUAAACACGACCCAAGACCAACCCUUCAAGAAAGGCUUCUGUUCAGUGAGGCAUGGUCUGGCCCUCAUCUUACAGCUCUGUAAUUUUUCUAUUUAUACCCAACAAAUGAACUUGAGCAUUGCCAUAACAGCUAUGGUGAACACCACAGUGCCAUCCAGUCAGCCCAGUGCAUCCACAGAAGGACCCACCACCAACUCCCAAGAGUUCUGGAAUGAAACACUACAGGAUUCUAAGGCCCCUGUGUACGACUGGACUCCGGAGAUUCAGGGAAUCCUCCUCAGCUCCCUCAACUAUGGAUCAUUCUUAGCUCCGAUCCCAACUGGCUAUGUGGCUGGAGUAUUUGGAGCCAAGUAUGUGGUUGGCGUGGGCUUGCUGAUUUCUUCCGUCCUGACUCUCCUCAUUCCUCUGGCAGCUGAUGCUGGAGUAGCCUUGCUCAUUGUCCUGCGGGUCAUCCAAGGCGUGGCUCAGGUUAUGGUAUUAACAGGUCAGUUCUCAUUGUGGGCCAAGUGGGCUCCCCCGAUGGAAAGGAGUCAGCUCAUCACUAUCUCUUCAUCAGGGUCAAUGUUGGGCAUCUUCCUUGUCCUCAUUGCUGGUGGGCUUCUUUGCCAGGCCCUGGGAUGGCCUUAUAUCUUCUAUAUCUUUGGUGGAAUUGGCUGUGCCUGUUGCCUCAUCUGGUUUCCUCUCGUAUAUGACAACCCACAGAAACACCCCUUUAUCAGCACUGGUGAGAAGAGGUACAUUGCGUGUUCACUGGCUCAAGAGGAUUGCUCUCUGGGCUGGUCUCUUCCCAUUAAAGCCAUGGCCACAUCUCUCCCACUUUGGGCCAUUGUAGUUUUUUUUUUCUGUGAACACUGGCUGUUGUCCACGAUAAUGGCGUACACACCCACAUAUAUCAGCUCUGUACUUCAAGCAAACCUCCGAGAUAGCGGAAUCCUGUCGGCCCUGCCCUUCGUGGCUGGCUGUGUCUGCAUUGUCCUUGGGGGUCUGCUGGCAGAUUUUCUCCUCUCCAGGAAGAUCCUCCGCCUUGUCACUAUCAGGAAGCUCUUCACUGCCAUAGGUAAGGGCCAGGCUGGCCACCAGCUGGUUGUGGGAGCUCGGGAGCCUCUUUGUUAUGGUCUUUGUUCUUCUGCAGGGGUCCUUGUCUCGGCUGGUAUUUUGGUGCCCCUGCCUUGGGUCAGAUCUAGCCGCAGCACCACAAUAGUCUUCUUGGUGAUAUCUUCUGCCUUCGCCAGCCUCUGUGAUUCGGGAGCCCUCAUUAACUUCCUGGAUAUAGCUCCACGGUACACUGCCUUUCUCAAAGGACUACUGCAAGUCUUUUGUCAUAUAGCUGGAAGCAUAGCUCCUACUGUUGCUGGAUUUUUCAUCAGCCAGGAUUCAGAGCUGGGCUGGAGAAACGUCUUCUUGCUCGCAGCUGCCGUUAAUGUAGUAGGCCUGCUCUUCUACCUCAUCUUCGGCCGGGCAGAGGUACAGGACUGGGCCAAGGAUCCGACCUUCACCCAUCUCUGAGCAAAGUGAGUGAUGUGUGAGAUUCU